GAUCUUCAAGAUCCAGGAAGUCUUGAAGAAACCUCUCCAGUUGACCUCAAUCCUAGAUGUGAUGUUCCUGGGAUCUUCACCAGGAUCUUCAAGAUCCAGGAAGUCUUGGAGAAACCUCUCCAGUUGACCUCAUUCCUAGAUGUGAUGUCACCUCCCACAUCCAUCUCGGUCAUUGCUGCGGACACCCCAGCUCCGUUCAGCCGCUACCAAGCCCAGAAUUUUACCUUGGUCUGCCUUGUCUCUGGUGGAAAACCAGCCCCCACGGUUUACUUUAAAAGGGAUGGAGAGUUGAUACAGGGGAUCCCGCUGACGGAGCCGCCGAUUAACGCCGCCGGGUUGCAAGACAGCCGAGCUGCCCGGAGCUUCUUCCACCGGGACUUGGAUGACACCAAGAUGCAGCGGUCCCUGUCGCUGCUGAACGUGGAGGACCGGGGCGGGAGGCUGUACACCGAGGACCCUUUCCAAGGCCUCACUCCCGACUGGGGACUGUUGCUCAACCCCACGACCGAGAAUAUCCCCGAAACUGUGGUGAGCCGGGAGUUCCCGCGUUGGAUCCAGAACGCCGAUCCUAUGUAUUUCUUCCACCACACCCACAUCCCCAUCAGCGACGGCACCGUGGAGGUGCGGGCCAUGCUCAUGUGGACCCUUAAUCCUCAGAUAGACAAUGAUGCGCUCUUCAGUUGUGAGGUCAAGCAUGAUGCUCUCUCGAUGCCCAUGCAGUCCGAGGUGACUCUAGUGGCUCCCAAGGGACCCAAAAUUAUGAUGACCCCAACAAGAGCCCGCGUUGGAGACACAGUCCGCAUCCUGGUCCAAGGGUUUCAGAACGAAGUCUUCCCCGAGCCCAUGUUCACUUGGACCCGUGUCGGGAGCCGGCUCCUGGACGGCAGCGCCGAACAUGAUGGAAAGGAGCUGGUGUUGGAACGCGUGCCGGCUGAACUCAACGGCUCGAUGUACCGCUGCACGGCCCAGAACCCUUUGGGCUCCACCGAUACCCACACCAGGCUGAUAGUGUUCGAAAACCCCAAUAUUCCACGAGGGACAGAAGACUCCAACGGUUCGCCGAAUCGCCAAUGCGGCUUCAGACUAUUUCUGGCUAUCUUCUUUACAGUCACUUUGGAACUGACGUGA